ACGCCAGAGACGACGAUCAUAUCGAUCACCGAAAAUGUGAUCAUUAACGACGAGGUACCUGCUAUUCGCGAGGAAGCAAAGAAAUUGAAAAAGCAGGGUGUAAAUAUUCUCAUUGCUUUGGGUCAUUCUGGAUUCGAUAUUGAUAAAAAAAUCGCCAAAGAAGUUGAGGACAUCGAUAUUGUCAUCGGUGGACAUACCAAUACAUUUCUCUAUCGUGGCAAACAACCUGACGCUGAAAACCCCGAAGAUAUUUAUCCUACUGAAAUUGUACAAGACAACGGUAGAAAAGUUUAUGUUGUUCAAGCAUACGCUUAUACUAAAUAUCUCGGUAACUUUAGCGUUUCUUUCGACUCAAACGGCGAAGUUACUGACAUUGUGGGCAAUCCAAUUCUAGUCGAUCAUAGUAUCGAACAGGCACCGGAUGUUCUCAAAGAACUGGAUUUACUCAGACCUGCGAUCGAUAAUAUAAGCACAAUUGAAGUUGGUAAAACUCGUGUAUUACUCGAUGGUGACAGUAAAACCUGUAGACAAAAAGAAUGCAAUUUAGGAAACCUCAUUACCGAUGCUAUCAUCGAUUAUAAUGCCCAGGAAUAUUUUUUUAAAGGAAAAUGGACCGAUGCUGCUAUUGCCGUUCAAAAUUCUGGAAGUAUAAGAGCGUCUAUCACUAGAGCCUUGAACGAUAAGAUCACAAUAGGUGAUAUACUUGGAGUUCUACCUUUUGGCAACAUUAUUUUCAAGACGUCUAUGACAGGAAAACAAAUACUCUCAAUGUUGGAAUGGAGCGUUUAUAAUCUUAAUUACAAUUCUUCGGAUAAUUUAUUCGGUGCAUUCCUUCAAUUUUCCGGUCUUCAGGUCUCAUAUGACAUUUCUCGUCCGCCCAAUUCAAGGGUAAUUUCCGUCCAGGUACGAUGUGCCGCUUGUAAUAUUCCAAGUUACAGUGAUCUCGAUAAAAAUACAACUUAUAAAGUUUUGAUAAAUGAUUUUAUGCGUAACGGAGGAGACGGUUACGAGAUGUUGAAAGAUCUUGAAUAUACUACAAUAGGUGUUACUACAGCGGAUGUAGUUAUCCAAUAUUUGAAAAAAUAUAGUCCUGUAUACCCUGGUGUCGAUUGGAGAAUUAAUUACGUAGACGAAAUAUAUUUUAAUAAAUUUAAUAACGAAGAUAUAUCAUCUACCUCAGUUAGAGAAUAUUCGAUAGUACUUCUAAUUCUGUUGACAAUGAUUACUAGAUUGUUAACUUGAUUUUGUUGCUCGUAAUGGUGAUUUUAUUUUAUAUUAAAUUUAUAAAAGAAAAUGAAAAUUUGACAGUAUUUACGUAUACAAUAUCAUGUGCACACAGUCAUCUAUAUAUAUAUAUAUAUGUGCAAGUAAUUUGCAUAUCUUUUAAUUUGUUAAUAUCUAUUGUAAACAUAUAUUUUUAUCUUUCUUAACUUAAUAACAAAUUUUUAUGAUAUAUUAUUUGAUCUAUUACUUUAUCAUAACAUAUUAAUUGAUUUUCUUAUUAUACAUAUGCAUUUAAAGACUUACAGAUACUUUACAAUGUAAUGUCUAAAUGAUACCAAGUGGAUAUCAUAUCGUAUAUAAUGAUAUUAGCAGUAGAUUUCAUUAUUGGAUUUGUAUCCCAUUCUCUACCUCAGAAAAUAUAAUAAUUCGAAUAAUUUAUUUUUGCAAUAUAUGAUGUUUCAUGUAUAUAAUGAAAUAAAUAUUAAGGUAAACCAUU